UUUUUUUUGUCGAUAAAAUUAGAUGUAGUACUCAGCCUUAACGGGUUAGAAGUCCCACCCCUAUAACAUUGUAUUUUUUUUUUGUUGGCAACACUGGCUUGUUUUCGUUGCCGAGGUUUGGGCCUCCACUGCCUAGCAUUCUAUCGUCACUUGUCACUUGACAGUGGUCCUGGCAACAAGUCAGCUCAAGAGCAAUUGUGAAAUUGUUUUGUACUGAUUUAAUAUUUUUAUAGUGAAAACUAUACUUUUGGAAGAAAUUGUUUAUUAUUUUAAUAAAACAAAAAUUAAUACGAUGGAAGCGGAAAACUUCACUAAACAGGAAGAGGAGGUCGAGGCUUUGGCCUCCAUAUAUGGAGACGAUUGGCUCGUGGAGAGCCAUAAAACGAGAUCGUAUAGCAUAAAAAUAACGACAAAGAAAUUGGAGGCUACAUUAUAUGUGACUAUGCCAAAAUCUUACCCUUCCCAGUCACCCCCCAGCUACGAACUUUCCGCGCCCUGGAUGGAUCGGAACGACAAGGCACAACUGCAUCAAGCUUUAGACGAAAUCUAUUCAGAGAAUGUUGGUGAAAGUGUAAUUUUCCAAUGGGUAGAGAAGAUACGAGAGGUGAUGCUGACUAUAAAACCAAGGAAAAGAGAAAUGAAUAGGAAGAAGAGCCGCUCUAAAUCCAAGUCUCCCACGGAAUCUAUGACAUCAUUGCUAGAAAGUGCGUGUCCGGAAAUAAUCCAUGCUGAAGUAAUUAUUGACAGAAAGAGUAUAUUCCAAGGUCAUGCAGCUGAAGUUCAUUCCAUUGAUGAUGUAAAUACGGUCCUCACAAAACUGAAGACGAACAAAAAAAUUAAUAACGCGAAACACAACAUGUUCGCUUACCGCAUCCAGAAGAAGACUGGCAAGGGUACCACCAUCCUGCAGGACUGUGACGACGACGGCGAGGCGCACGCCGGCGGCAGGAUGCUGCAUCUACUGCAGAUUUUGGACCAGAAGAAUACACUAGUUGUUGUGACUCGCUGGUACGGUGGCAUACAGCUUGGCCCCGACAGAUUCCGUCACAUCAACAAUGCCACGAGACAGGCUAUCCAACAAGCUGGACUUUUGAAUAAAUGACAGACUGUAUGUUAUAAAAUUGUGAUGUACAGGUUGUGUUAGAAUGAACGAAAGUUUAUUCUAGUACAUCUUGUCGGUACUUAAAAUUAUUGAAUUUUCUACUGUAAUGUAACACGAUAGAGUCCAAUCUGAUAGCAUUUGGUUGUAAUUUUUUUUUAAAGAUGACUUGUGUUGUAUUUUUCUACAUUAGGUAGUAACAGAUUUUAGUCCUUUAGCUAUCAAAAUCCUACUUCAAAGAAUAAUUUUGUCAUAAUGAAACUGUUUCUCUGUACCCAUAGAACGAGUUUGCUUUACGAAAACGAAACGACAGCGCGUUCGGCGCUCUGAUUGGCCGGCUCGAAAGAACCAACCAAUCAGAGUGUCGAACGCACUCGUUAAACGUAAAACAGACUCGUACUAAGUUUUUUAUUAAAUCCAACUAAACAGUAAUAAACCUAGUAGUGCCUUUGCAUAUUAAUCAGAUGUCAAGAAAUAUUUUAAUUAUAACAGCUUAUACACCCUUUUCGCAGAUAGAUCUUAACUAUACGAUACCACAAGUCUAUACAUAUAUAUAAUUGUAUUGUUUUAAAUACACCUAUAGAGGAAUGAUAUACAACUUUAUACCUUAUGACAGUAAUAUUAUAGUCGAUUUUCAAAAACAGUUGUCACCAUGUAGGUGUUCAUUUCUGUUAUAAGACUUAUUAGUAGUAGCUAUGUAUUUUUUAGUGGAACAUAGUAAUGUUUGUGAUUUUAUUAGAUCUUGUAUGUGUAUAUUAAUGUUUAAUUGUAAAUAUUGUUCCUGUAAGAGUGUAAAUUGUUCAUAGAUUUUCUUAUUACUUACCAAAUAGAAUUGAUAUUAUGUGUAAAUGAAAUUAUUAAGCUAUCAUUUUGAGAAAUUAACAUUUUAAGUUGAUACUAAAUCUAAUGUAAUUAAAUAUAUUUUGAUGCUGUGAAAUUGUAAAUGAAAAUAAAAGUCUUUAAUUUGUAAAAUAAAUGUAUUAUGGUGUAUUAUGGUUUGGUAUGGUAUUUUAUUAUUAUGGUGUAUAUUUAAUUGAUUUAUUAUGGUGUAUCCGACUCAUGUGAUAACUUUUGCUGAGCAAUAUUCUCUUACUACUACGUUUCAAUACAAAGCAACGACACGCCUUUUAUCCCCGAAAGGGUAGGCAGAGGUGCUCAUUACGACACGUAAUGCCGCUAUACAAUGUACACCCACUUUUCACCAUCUGUAUUAUAAGUCCCAUGUAAUAGGGGGUGAGCCUAUUGCCAUAUACUGGACAUAAAUGAUAAAUGAUAUUUAUUUCUGUAAAUAGGUUAUAAAAUUUCAAAUUCAUUUUUUCAAUUUCAAAUAGCUAGAUGAGGCCUUCUAGGAAAUGCCGGCCUCAUCUAGCUAUUUGAAAUAUUGACGUGUAAAAGUGUUAUUUUAUAAACUAUUAACAGAAAUAAAUAUCAUUUAUCAUUUAUCAUUUAUGACUACUCUGAGAAGAAAUGCCGAAACAAACUCAGAGGUCAUAGUCUCUUUUAAAGUCCAGACAAUGAAAUAGAGGAUAAUGUGAGAGAACCGUGCAAGUUGAUUCUGUAGUGGUCUUUAGAGGAAAGAACCACAACAGUAUGAGCGGACCUGUUCAGAUGGCAGUACGCAUGUGUCAGUUUACAAUCAGCUCA